UCUCAGCAUAAGGGAAAGAAGAGCCUUAUCAGACUUAAGAAGAGACGGGGAUCUUUCCUCCUAAUCUGGACCUCCUGUCAUGGAUGAAGAGAUUCGGCACAGUCUUGAAUGCAUCCAGGCCAAUCAGAUCUUUCCCAGGAAGCAGCUGAUCCGGGAGGAUGAGAAUCUUCAGGUUCCUUUCCUUGAACUUCAUGGAGAGAGCACAGAGUACGUGGGCCGUGCUGAGGAUGCCAUCAUUGCCCUUUCUAAUUACAGACUUCACAUCAAGUUCAAGGAGUCUCUUGUUAAUGUUCCGUUACAACUUAUAGAAAGUGUUGAAUGCCGAGAUAUAUUUCAGCUUCAUUUGACCUGCAAAGACUGCAAAGUUAUCAGGUGUCAGUUCUCAACCUUUGAGCAGUGUCAAGAGUGGCUGAAGAGACUGAACAAUGCAAUAAGACCACCUGCUAAAAUAGAAGAUCUCUUCUCAUUUGCGUACCACGCUUGGUGCAUGGAGGUCUAUGCCAGUGAAAAAGAGCAACAUGGAGACCUGUGCAGACCAGGGGAGCAUGUAACGUCAAGGUUUAAAAAUGAAGUGGAGAGAAUGGGUUUUGAUAUGAACAACGCCUGGAGGAUUUCCAACAUCAAUGAGAAGUACAAGUUAUGUGGUAGCUAUCCACAAGAGCUCAUAGUGCCUGCCUGGAUCACUGACAAAGAACUAGAAAGUGUAGCAAGCUUCAGGUCCUGGAAGCGCAUCCCAGCUGUCAUCUACAGGCACCAGAGCAAUGGAGCUGUAAUUGCCCGCUGUGGGCAGCCGGAGGUCAGCUGGUGGGGCUGGCGCAAUGCAGAUGAUGAGCACCUGGUACAGUCAGUAGCCAAAGCUUGUGCUUCCGACUCCCGAUCCAGUGGCAGCAAGCUGUCAACUAGAAACAGUUCUCGAGACUUUCCCAAUGGAGGAGACCUUUCUGAUGUGGAGUUUGAUUCUUCUCUGUCAAAUGCUUCAGGAGCAGAGAGUUUAGCCAUCCAACCACAGAAGCUUUUGAUCUUGGAUGCACGUUCCUAUGCAGCAGCUGUGGCAAACCGAGCCAAGGGAGGAGGCUGUGAAUGCCCAGAGUAUUACCCGAACUGUGAAGUUGUAUUCAUGGGGAUGGCAAACAUUCAUUCUAUUCGGAGGAGUUUUCAGUCUCUGCGGUUGCUGUGCACACAGAUGCCAGACCCGGGAAAUUGGCUCUCAGCUCUUGAAAGCACAAAAUGGCUCCAUCACCUGUCUGUGCUUCUGAAAUCGGCACUUCUGGUAGUACAUGCUGUGGAUCGUGAUCAGCGCCCAGUGCUAGUGCACUGUUCAGACGGCUGGGACCGCACCCCCCAGAUUGUGGCGUUGGCUAAGCUCUUACUGGACCCUUAUUACCGAACCAUAGAGGGUUUCCAGGUCCUUGUGGAAAUGGAGUGGCUGGAUUUUGGCCAUAAAUUUGCUGACCGGUGUGGUCAUGGGGAGAACUCGGAUGAUCUGAACGAGCGUUGCCCAGUGUUUCUGCAGUGGCUUGACUGCGUUCAUCAGCUUCAGAGGCAAUUUCCUUGCUCUUUUGAGUUCAAUGAAGCAUUCCUUGUGAAACUGGUGCAGCAUACCUAUUCCUGCCUCUUUGGAACAUUCCUGUGCAACAACGCCAAGGAGAGAGGGGAAAAGCAUACUCAAGAGCGGACAUGUUCUGUGUGGUCGCUUCUUCGGGCAGGCAACAGGGCUUUCAAAAACCUACUGUAUUCCUCUCAGUCAGAAGCCGUGCUGUACCCUGUGUGCCAUGUGCGUAACCUGAUGUUAUGGAGUGCAGUGUACCUGCCUUGCCCGUCCCCAUCUACUCCUGUGGAUGACAGCUGUGCUCCAUACCCAGUGCCGGGCACCAGCCCUGAUGAUCCCCCAAUGAGCCGGCUACCAAAGACUAGAUCAUUUGACAAUCUGACCACAACUUGUGACAACACAGUUCCUCUGGCCAGCAGGCGCAGCAGCGACCCCAGCCUGAAUGAGAAGUGGCAGGAGCACCGGCGCUCGCUAGAACUGAGUAGCCUUGCUGGCCCUGGAGAGGAGCCUCUUGCUGCUGACAGCCCGGGGAAGCCCACCAAAGUGCUGGCGGGUGCCGAGUUGUCUGUUGCAGCUGGAGUGGCUGAGGGGCAGAUGGAGAACAUUUUGCAAGAGGCCACCAAAGAGGAGAGUGGGGUAGAGGAGCCUGCCCACAGGGCGGGCAUUGAGAUGCUAGAGGUCAAAGAGGAGGUGCUCUCAGAAAAGGAGAGCAGGAGGAGGAUGCCUGAGGGCUCAGCCAUUGUACUUUACCAUGAACCAGAGCUGGAAGAUGCUGCUCUGAGGAGCCAUCCAGGCACCAGCCUGUCUCUGUUCUCACAGGGAAUUCCUGAACAGCAGGCUGGGUAUAGUGUUCUCAGUUCUCUCCAGGCUGCCCCCAGGGGAGAAGAUUCCCAGGAGGUCUCUGUGGAGCAGCAUCAGAUAGGAGAGAUCACAGAGGAUAGGGAGGAAGCAGUUCUCCCAAUCCCAGUAGAUGCGAAAGUUGGUUAUGGUACCUCACAGUCAAGCUCUCUGCUACCUUCCCAAGUCCCAUUUGAGACCAGAGGACCAAACGUGGACAGUUCCAUGGACGUGUUAAUGGAAGACAAGGUGAAGUCGGAAAGUGGGCUUCAAGUCCAUCAUAGACCUUGCCUGGUAAACAGUGGCAGGUUCAGUGGCAAGGACAUGCUUCCCCAAGCCAUGGAGCUCAGGCCUUUGGAGAGGAGCCUGGUUGAGAGGCCCCAAGUAGAGUCUGUGGUGCACAGGACUUCCCCUGACAGCACUCUCAGCCUGGCACAUUCCCCCUGUGCCUUGCCUUUAGCUGAAUGUAAAGAGGGGCUUGUGUGCAAUGGUGCCCCAGAGACUGAAAACAAGGUGUCAGAGCAGCCCCCAGGGCUUAGCAUCCUCCAGAAGUACCCCACACCCAAUGGGCAUUGCGCCAAUGGGGAGGCUGGUAGGAGCACGGACUCACUGAGCCGCCAGUUGUCUGCUACAAGCUGUAGCUCUGCCCACUUACACUCGAGAAACGUGCACCACAAGUGGCUGCACAGCCACUCAGGGAGGCCAUCCACAACCAGCAGCCCGGACCAGCCUUCCCGCAGCCACCUGGACGAUGAUGGCAUGCCUGUGUACACGGACACGAUCCAACAGCGCCUGCGACAGAUUGAGUCAGGCCACCAGCAGGAAGUGGAGACCUUGAAGAAACAAGUCCAGGAGCUGAAGAGUCGCUUGGAGAGCCAGUACCUGACCAGCUCCCUACGCUUCAAUGGGGACUUUGGGGAUGAAGUGACUUCAAUCCCUGACUCGGAAAGCAAUCUGGAUCAGAACUGUUUGUCUCGCUGCAGCACAGAGAUUUUCUCUGAAGCCAGCUGGGAGCAGGUGGAUAAACAGGACACGGAGAUGACCCGUUGGCUCCCUGACCACCUGGCUGCCCACUGCUACGCGUGCGACAGUGCCUUCUGGCUCGCCAGCAGGAAGCACCACUGCAGGGACAUUGACCGUGUUGAUCAAACGUGGAAUUGUGGGAACGUAUUCUGCUCCAGUUGUUGUAACCAGAAGGUUCCAGUUCCCAGCCAGCAGCUCUUUGAACCCAGUCGAGUGUGCAAGUCUUGCUAUAGCAGUCUACAUCCCACAAGCUCCAGCAUUGACCUUGAACUGGAUAAGCCCAUUGCUGCCACUUCAAACUGAAGCCCAGUGACCUGGGGUGGGCAGAGGCCAAGCUGCUGUUCUUCUGACAGGUUCACAAAGCUUGGGCAGACCGAGAGGCCCUGCACUUUGGAAUGGGGUCAUGAAACCACCUAUACAGAGUGACAGAAGUUUGGGAUGUACCACUGGAUUGUAGAUUGAUUCUCCUCACCCCCCAUCCCCAAUCCUCCCUCUGCCUUCAAAAAAGAACAAAGUCCUCUGGUUGUCUUAAAAAAAAUUUUUUUUUUUUGAUGGAAGACCAGAGGUUGCCAGCCCCCUUGUAACUGCCAAGCUGCCUGCUGUCAGGUGACGCUGAGGGAUGUCUUGGUUCUUCCAGGUGGGAGGAGGUUGGUCAGAGCCAGGAGUGGAGGCCUGAGACAGUGAGCAGGGAAGAAAGCCAGUGCUAACACUUGUGACUAUUCCUCAUGCCACCACGUCAGAGCUGGUUGGGAAAUCUUUGCUGUUGGGGAGGCUGGAAGCAUCUUCCCCAAAAGCACUGCUCCUUCCUGAGAAGAGCUGAGUCAGUCCCACCUCACAGACAGAUAAAUGGGAUUGGCAUUUGGAGGGAGAGGUACACAGUAAAUGGAACCCCCCCAGGAAGGAAGGCAUAUGCUCCUUUGAGGCAGGUGAGAGGGGCUGGGAGUGGGUGGCCAGCAUGUUGUUCCCCUUGGGAUUCUGUUUUUAACUUGACCCAGAUUGUCUAAGUCUCCCUUCACUUUAAGGGGGCUGCCUCCCUGGGCCAGGCUGUGUAGUGCUUCCCACCCUCAGGCAUAAGAGUGCACACCAGCCAAAAGACAGUGUCUUGCUGCUGUGGCCAAUGCCAAAGCCUGCCCUGAGCCCAGGCAUACCUGGGAGCCCUUUCUAGGGCCUGGUCUCCCCAACAGUCUCUCUGCCUUGGCCAGCACAGGGAAAUCCAGACUCAGGGUUCCAAAAAUUCCCUAUUCCCAAACCAAACAAAUCAUGGAUCUCACCCUUAAGGGGUACAAUCAGCCUUUCUCCUCCUUCCCUUCUUGGGGCAGCAGGAAGGGCCCAACAAGUCCCCCUGCCCUGCUCCUGGCUGACUGGGCUCAUGUCUGGCUGCUGGCCAGCAGUGAAGGGCCACUUGGUGACUGCAGGGUUCCUUAGAGGAGUGACAUGGCCUAGAGGAGAUUUGGGGCACCUUCCCUCAGUGAACUUUGUGGUCCAAAAAGAGCCUUAAAUCAAGAAUAUCUGUGGUGAUGGUAGGUGUGGGUAAGGGUGGAGAGGAGUUUAGGUUCGUGUUUUGUAAUCUUGGCAUCCAUGUUUUGUGCCUGCCCUCCUUCGGGAAGGGUCCUGCUUGGCUCUGCUGAAAGCUGCUAACUGGUGACAGGGUGGAUCAUGGUGAGGCGUGGGGGUGAGGUCAGGGACCCCCUUAAGUUCUGAUCCUGCCCUGUGCUCCCCUUCCCCAUUGGAAGUGGUUCCCUGGCCAAGGGCAAGUUGUGUCUCAGGAAGGUGGCUCCUGUGUGUGCCUGAGUGUGGUUAAGGCGUGGCCCAGAAGCCUUCUCUGGUGCUGUCCAGGCAAAGCCCAGAGCAUCUGAGCGCGUCUCGUUCAGCGGCAGCAGGUUGCUCAGAAUUUGCGUUUAGUGAAACAGGGUGUAGUUCUUUUCCACACACCGUGUGGUCUGGUCGUGCAGGUAGGGAAAAGUUGGUCUAUUUGAAGAUUGUUCAGUUCCUAGUGACAGGUGCCAAGAGGUUCUGAUACGGGUUUCUUGGGUCUGAUGUACAGUGUGAAUAAAUGCUUGCAGCUCUUAGCCCUUUUUUGAUCAGUGAAGCACUUUUUUAUUAAGAUUUUUCUUUGUAUGUAAAGGAGGAACCGUAACUCUCCGUAGCUGUACAUAUAAUCCUUUUCUCUUAAAGAGGAGUCAAGUCAGUGCUCCUAUAUUUUUCAUUUUUUGUCAAAACAAGAAGUAAAUACUUUAGAUUGUUAAAUAUAUAAAUAAAGUGAAUAAAGUUGAGUGAUCUGCAUGGUAGCGUUUGCUAACACAUUCUCA